ACAGUCACCCCAACAGCAUAAAGACCCACAAGCUCCUCUCUCCUAAACACUCACCCCUUAGUGGUAUGUGCUAGAGCUGCAGCUUGGCAGAGCCAUGAAGCAUAGCGCAUCGGUUGCGCCAAGCCUGAAACUGAAACAGGAGCAGGCAGAUGAUGGUAGGCUGCAGGGAAGUGGUCUGAACGGUCUCGAGCUCAGGCUCGGCAUCUCUUCAGACAAUGGCACUAGUUCAUGGCUUGGUGUUGGAGUGGACUCUUGGAGCCUUGCUGCCAGGCAAGAGAAGGCAGCCUUGGAGCAAGCUCACCAGAGGCCUGAUGAGUGUGCUCUCCCAAGAGACAGCCGCGCCGCCGCACCACCUCAACCGGUCGGAUGGCCGCCGGUGCGCGCGUUCCGCAAGAACCUGUCCACCGCGAAGUCUGCAGACUUGGCAGAGUUGAAACCAGGCUCCGAAGACCAUUGCGGCGGCAAGAGGCCGGCGGCGACCAUGUUCGUGAAGGUGAACCUGGAGGGCUGCGCCGUCGGGAGGAAGGUCGACCUGCAGGCGCACCGCGGGUACGGGUCGCUGUCCCGCGCGCUCCAGAGCAUGUUCCAUGGCUUCCUCUCAGAUUUCCACUGGAGGAUCACAGCUAAAAAUGACGACGACGACGACCGGCAGCAGCAGCAGCAGCAGCCGGAGACGAGGAAGGGCCCCAAGGCGUACAUCCUCCUGUACGAGGACAACGAGGGCGACCGGAUGCUCGUCGGCGACGUGCCGUGGGAGUUGUUCAUCGCCUCGGUGAAGAGGCUCUACAUUGCACAGGACCCUCGGGCGCAGAACAAGAGCAACUAGCUUUAUACACUGCUGCUGGUGCUAGUGCCAGUGCCAGUGCAGUUAGCAUAGGAAGUUUUGCUUGUGUAACCCAGGCUUGGUGAAUUAUUAAUUAGCUAAUGCUGAUGGAUAUAUAUUAACACCAAGGGCUUUAAAUAAGUAUUUAACGUGCUAGCCAA